AUAGCGGAGUUUGUUUUGGUUGCUAAGUUGCUUCAUCGAUGUUCAAGAUGGCGAGAUGGGGAUGAAAUAGAAUAACCACAGUAAUUUGUCGUUGUUGUCUGUUGACAGCCGUGUUGUGUUGACAGCAUGUCGUGCGCUGAGGAUGAAGAAUCGACGCUCGCUUUGAUCUUGUACUACUCUCAGGAGAAGUUCUUCUGUCAUAUUGUUGAUGUUUCCAGUGAAGCUCAACGGAGGUUCAGUCAUGAUCCCAUCUUUACAUUUCUUCAUGCGUAUGGACUGCUCAUGCUAGAUCAAGUGUUAGAUGCCAUCCAGGAGUUGGAGCUGUUGAAGGAGAAAAAGGACAUUUCUCUUUGUGCGCUCAUGGCUCUGGUUUAUGCCCACAAGAGAAGACCAAACCCUGACCGUGACAUCAUUCUGGAGCUGGAUGGACGAGUGAAGGAGGAGAGGAAGACCUCAGGCCCCAGGGCUCUGUAUUACGCCGGGAUGCUGCUGUGGCUUCUGGGCCGCAGUGAUAAAGCCAGAGAAUAUGUGGAGAGGAUGAUCAAGAUCUCCAGCGGCUCUAAAGAGGGACUUGUGCUGAAAGGUUGGAUAGAUCUGAGAUCUAACAAAGAAGCUUAUGCCAAGAAGUCUGGGAAAUACUUUGAUGAGUCGCUGAAGGAGAAAAGUGACGUGUUUGCUUUGAUGGGGAAGGCAGAAUAUUAUGAAUUUCGUCAGAAUUAUUCGGGUGCUAUAGAGAUUAUUAACCAGGUCAUUGUGAGUUACCCGUCGUUUCUACCCGCCCUGAUCAAAAAGAUGAAGCUGCUGUUAACCUUACAAGACUGGGAACAAACUGUGGAUGCGGCGCAGAGGCUUCUCCAGAGAGACAAAAACAACCUGGAUGCUGUGAGGAUGUUGGCUCUGUAUUCUCUCUGCAGAGAAGGAAACAUCGGAGAGUCUGCAAACCAGCUGUCAAAUCUCAUCAGUAAUCUGGACAUUCAGGAGCCCAACAAUCCAGAGCUCUUCUACAGGAUGUCUUUAGCUUUCACUCGAGUGUGUGGCCGAUCAGAGCAGGUUCUUCAGCACACUCACAGGAUGGUGGAGCGGGCGUUUACACAGGUCCCAGGUGACUCGGAGCUGGCCACAGAGAUGGGAUACCAGCUGGUUCUGCUGGGCAGGGUGAAGGAAGCCAUGAAGUGGUAUAAAACAGCAAUGACUCUGGACGAGAGCAGCGUCUCGGCUUUAAUAGGUAUCAUCAGAUGUCAGCUGAUGGAGGGACACAUCGAGGAUGCAGAACAACAGCUGGAAUUCCUAGCAGAGGUUCAGCAGUCCAUCGGUAAAUCAGCGGAGGUGCUGUAUCUGCGCGCGCUGUUGGCACUGAAAAAGCGACAAUCUCCAGACGAGACGACUAACCUGUUAAAUGAUGCCGUGGACACUCACUUCUCAGCUCUACAGGGUCUGCCGCUCAGCGUCGAGUACUUUGAAAAACUCAACCCUGACUUUCUCCUGGAGAUCGCCAAGGAAUAUUUAGCUCUGUCUCCCACUAAGGCUCCAGCUCCAGGUCAGACUCCGUCUCCUCAGCUCUUGCAUUGUGCUUCUGUUCUGGAUACCGUGGUGAAGGUGGUUCCUGGUCUACCGCAGGCCGUCUUUCUCAUGGCUAAAGUCCGCUUCCAGUCAGGCGACACAGAAGCGGCUCAGAGCGGCCUGCAACACCUGCUAGAUCAGAAUCCAGCGCACGCUGAUGCUCAUCUCCUCAUGGCUCAGAUUCAUCUCACGCAGGGGAGCUUCAAGCUCUCAUCCCAGUCUCUGGAGCUCUGUCUCAGCCACAACUUCGAGAUCCGCGAGCAUCCGCUGUAUCAUCUGAUCAAAGCUCAGACUCAGAGGAAGAUGGGUCAGCUCCAGGACUCCAUUCAAACGCUGCAGAUGGCCAUGAGUCUGUGUGGCGUGAGGAGGACGGGCUCCUCGGCUAAAAGACAAAGCAAGAAGACGGAGCUGAGCUCGGCAGACUGCGUCUCUGUGUUUCUGGAGCUGGCUGAAGCUCUGUGGCUCAAUGGAGAGCAGCACGAGGCGGCUAAAGUGAUGCAAGACGCCAUCAAUGAGUUCACGGGCACGCCGGAGGAGCUACGGGUCACUAUCGCUAACGCCGACCUGGCACUGAUGCGCGGCGACACGGAGCUGGCACUGAGCAUGCUCAGAAACAUCACGCUAGAGCAGCCCUACUACAUACAAGCCAAAGAGAAAAUGGCCGACAUCUACCUGAACCACAGGAAAGAUAAACGCCUCUAUGUGAGCUGCUACAGGGAUUUGGUGGAGAAAUUGCCUGCCGCUCAUAGUUUUCUGUUGCUCGGUGACGCCUACAUGAACAUUCAGGAGCCAGAAUUAGCCAUCGAGGUGUAUGAACAAGCCCUGAAGAAAACUCCUAAAGACGGAGCGGUGGCCAGUAAGAUCGGGAAAGCGCUUGUUAAGACGCACAACUAUGUGAAGGCGAUUAACUAUUACGAAGCUGCCCUGAAGAACGGUCAGCAGACUUUUCUGAGGUACGAUCUGGCCGAUCUGCUCAUGAAGCUCAGACAGUAUGAACGCUGUGAGAGAGUUCUGCAGGAGGCUCUCGCACACGAUCCUGUCAAUGAACUCAUGCUGCUCACUGAAGACUGCCGAUAUCUUGUGCUUCUCGCCAAAGUCCAGAGCAAAGUCAAUAAAAAUGAUGAAGCCUUACUGUCCUUACAGAGAGCGAGAGACGUGCAGGCGAAGGUCCUGAAGCGCGUGCAGCUGGAGCAGCCCGACUCGGUGCCGGCGCAGAAGCAGCUCGCCGCAGACAUCUGCGCUGAAAUCGCCAAACACUGCAGCAUCCAGCGCGGCUACGAGCGAGCCGUCAAGUUCUACAAAGAGGCGCUUGUGUACUGCGACGGCGACAGCAAGGUGAUGUUGGAGUUGGCUCAGUUAUAUCUCACUCUGGAUGCUGUUGACGCGUGCCAGCAGCAGUGCGCUGCCAUUCUGAAGAAUGAUCCCGUGAACGAGGCGGCCACGCUGAUGAUGGCAGACCUGAUGUUCAGGAAGCAGGACUACGAACAGGCUGUCUUUCACUUCCAGCAGCUCCUGGAGAGGAAACCGGACAACUACCCAACGCUGUCCCGCCUCAUCGAUCUGCUGCGCCGAGCCGGCAAACUGGAGGAGGUCCCGAGGUUCCUGGAGAUGGCAGAGAAACACUCGCAGAGAGCCAAGUUUGAGCCCGGAUUCAACUACUGCAAAGGGCUUUAUCUGUGGUACACCGGUGAACCCAACGACGGGUUGCGGCACUUUAACAAAGCCCGCAAGGACAACGACUGGGGUCAGAAUGCCGUGUAUAACAUGAUCGAGAUCUGUCUGAACCCUGACAACGACACCGUCGGGGGAGAGGUGUUCGAAAACCUGGACGGAGACAUGGGGAACUCCACAGAGAAGCAGGAGUCGGAGCAGCUGGCGGUGAGAACGGCCGAGAAGCUUUUAAAGGAGUUGAAGCCGCAGACGCCUGCGGGUCACGUGCAGCUGCGCAUACUUGAGAAUUACUGUUACGUGGCCACCAAACAGAAAGCAAACGUGGAGCGAGCUCUCAGUGUGUUUAUUGAGAUCGCAAACAGCGAGAAAGAUUACGUUCCUGCUCUGUUGGCCAUGGCCACUGCCUACAUGAUCCUGAAACAGACGCCCCGAGCCCGAAACCAGCUCAAGCGCAUCGCCAAGAUGAACUGGAACAUCAUCGACGCGGAUGAGUUUGAGAAGAGCUGGUUACUACUGGCCGACAUCUACAUCCAGUCUGGGAAAUACGACAUGGCCGGAGAUCUGCUGAAGAGAUGUCUGCGCCACAACAAGUCUUGCUGUAAAGCGUACGAGUACAUGGGUUACAUUAUGGAGAAAGAGCAGUCGUUCAGAGACGCCGCCAUGAAUUAUGAAAAGGCCUGGAAGUACAGCAAUCAAACUAACCCCACUAUAGGAUACAAGCUGGCAUUCAAUUACCUGAAGGCCAAAAGACACGUGGAUGCUAUAGAUGUGUGUCAUAAAGUCUUAGACGCACAUCCAAACUAUCCACGGAUAAGAAAAGACAUCCUGGACAAAGCAAGAGCGGCUUUAAGAUCAUGACGUCAUCAUGACCAGUGUGUGUGUGUGUUUGCACGUUUAUGUGUUCACUCAAGCGUGAUUUCAUGUAUGUUUUGAUCAGAUUGAUCAUUUGAUAAUAGUCAGUACAUGAAUUUUGUACGACUGCUUACAGUGUUCAGCAUUCUGACUGGUGUCAUGUUGUUAAUCAUAAUGCACAAUUAAAUAAACAUUUGAAAAAGUAUAUAAAAAUAAAAAAG